AUUGUGUAUACAUUUAUUAUCUUACAUCUGUGUUUGCAAACGAUCUUAUAUUUAUUGAACUAAUCUGUCUAUUUAGGAAGUAAGACUACGUGUGGUGUACAUGUGUAAUUUAUUGUUCAUUAUAAAAUAACUACAAAAUGUAUUACUCGACGCAAUUUGGUGUCGCUGCACGGCAUCUUUCGUUGCAAAUACUCAGAAAUCGCUCAACAACGAAAUUGGCAGACACAUUGGCAGCUACCAAAGAGAGAAAAUGCGUGUCAAUUAACAGUAAUGAUAUAAUAACUGCCUCUAUGACGCCACCACAUUUAAUGAGCGCAACUGUGACGAAAGCAAUGCCAUUGUUGGAAACGGCAAAUUCUGAGAUAGUCGCAGAAAGUUUGGAGAUAUCUACGCCCAAGGCUGUACCACGUGCUUAUGUGGAUAAAACGCUUCGUCCGUUCGAGGAGAUUCCUGGCCCGGCAAUACUGAAGUUAUGGGAAAAAUACUGGAGAUACGUGCCACUCCUGGGUACGCAACUGUUUUGCAGUCUGCUAAACAACAGAUUUACCCAGGGACGAUUGUCCUGGAAUCGCAAUGUUACGCCCAUUAAGUACUUGUUUGACCAGUACGGAUGUGUUGUGCGAAUUAAUGGACCGUUUGUGAAUGAUAUAGUUAUGAUUCAUAGACCCGAACAUAUAGCUGAAGUUUUGAGACAGGAGAGCAAAUCACCUAUUCGAAGUGGCAUUGAUAUUCUUCAGCACUAUCGUCUCAACCAUUGCAAAUAUCGUUCCGCUGGAGCAUUCUCUUUGCAAGGCUCAGAAUGGUUAAAAAUAAAGGAAAAAAUUGACCAGCCGUUGCAGGAAACUAUUUCGGAUUAUACUGGAAAACUAAGUUCAGUGUGUGAUGAAUUUAUCAAGAGAAUUCGUAAUAUACGCAAUCGACAAGAUGAGGUACCAGCAAAUUUUCACCAAGAACUCACCGCAUGGGGUAUGGAAUGCUUCUAUGGGAUAAUGUUUGAUAGUCGUCUCGGUUUCCUCGAUCCUACCUCGAAUUCAGCAUCUGAAGUCACAAAGAUUAUUGAUGCAUUAAAUACUGCUCACACAUAUAUGAGUCGUUGCGAAACCGGAUUUCAAGUGUGGAGAUUCUUCGAAACUCCAUUUGCGAAAAAACUUUUUACAGCUUGCGACGUUCUUGACGAGAUUAUUGGAAAGUAUAUUCACCAAACGCAGAACAAAUUGCAAACUUCAUCGCUUUCAAAGCAAGAAAAACUCACGAAUGAGAAGAGACAUUCAUCACUGCUCGAAAGAAUGUUAAUUCAGCGCAUUCAUCCGGAUGAUAUUUCCACUCUCAUAAUGGACACGAUAAUUCUAGGCGUGCAGGCUGUUAUUAAUUGCGAAGCGUUCUUGCUUUAUUUCUUAGCAAAGAAUCCUAGAGUGCAACGACGGCUGUAUGAUGAAAUAAUUUCUAUUUUAUCUAAAACAGGAUCUGUUAUGACAAAAAAAAGCUUGGACGAUAUGUUAUAUUUAAAAGCAUGCAUAAAGGAAAGUCUUAGAUUGCGACCUGCAUUUCCUUACUUGACGAGAUUAUUGUCCUCGCCAAUAUCAUUACACGGAUACAUGAUACCGAAAGGAACUUUUGUCAUAAUGGCGAAUCAAAUAACGUCACAGCGUGAGGAACAUUUUGAAGAUCCUGAAAAAUACCGACCAGAAAGAUGGUUGAAUCAAAAUGAACACGGUCAGGAAUAUACGUGUCUACCUUUCGGAUAUGGUGUACGAUCUUGUCUAGGAAAAGAUAUCGCUGAAACACAAAUGAUGCUGAUUACUGCAACACUGAUAAAAGAAUUUAUGGUCGAGUACGAUUAUGCUGAUAUUCAAAGUCGAUUUUUUAUGGUAAAUGUACCAGAUAAACCACUACGUUUUCGGUUCAUAGAUAGGAAUUAAAAAAACAAUGAAAAAUAUGAAACUCGGACAAUCGGAUAAACCUAAAAAGCAGAAUAAUUAAUUAGAUAUUAAAAGAUGCAUUUUUGUUAAGAUAUAUAGUAUUACGUAUUUCCUGUACACAAAUUUGUAUAAACAAGAUAAAAA